AUGAACUCGGAUCAGAAAGGCAUCUUCGAUCAUCUCCUAGACCAAUCGGACAUUGGCGGCUGCUACUUCAUCGACGGGCGUGCGGGUCGCGUCAAGACUUUUUUGAUGAGCGCCAUGUGUGAUCGCAUUAGGGCAGACGAGCGCAUCGUAUGCGUGACUGGAACCACCGCCCUCAGUGUGAUCCAUUACGAGCGGGGUCGGACGGCCCACUCGGCCUUUGGCAUUCCUGUUCAGGAGUCUGACAUGGGCUUGGUGUCUAAGGUCAGUCCCCAGUCAGGUCGUGCAGAGCUCCUACGCCAGGCCUCGCUCCUGAUCUGGGAGGAGCUGCCGAUGGCGAAGAAGGCGGUCGUGGAGUGUGCAGACCAGCUCCUUCAAGAUAUCAUGAGGAAUGACCUGCCAUUUGGAGGAAAACUCUUCAUUGGACUAGGGGACUUUCGUCAGGUGGCACCAGUCGUCCGCGGAAGUUCUGGGCCUACAGCAACUCUCAACAGCUCUAUCCGCACCUCCACUCUCUGGAACCACUUUAAGGUCCUGCGGCUGACUACCCCGGUCCGACAGGCCGGGGAUCCGGUAUACGCAAGAUGGGUGGACCAGGUAGGAGAUGGUGUACGCCCCUAUGAGACAAGUGUGCCACUGCAUCACUUGCAGCAUCUUGACGACCUUGACGCUGCGGCAGACUUCCUCUUCCCACAAGAUUCCGUCUCUACCUCCGCCGCUGCCGUCCAGCACGCAUUCCUUAGCCCGUUUAACGCGCGCGUUGAUCUUUUUAAUAAGCUCAUCUUAGAACGGUUACCGGGGCGUGCAGAAACCUAUUACAGUCAUGAUACGAUUAAAGAACUAGACGAUUCCACCUUCAAUCUCCCCACGGGUACAGAGGCGGGUCUUCUCUCGGUAUUGAACGAGCCCGGAAUACCCCCGCAUGAGCUCUCACUCGAAAUUGGCGCCGUUGCUAGCGUGAUGCGGAAUCUCUCCAUCGAGAAAAACUUGGUCAAAAACGUGAGGGUCCAGGUGGUUAACCUGCUACCAAAUGUCGUGCAGGUACGGUUACUGCAACGAGCAUGCACGCCUGACACCGAGUCGCCGACGUUCUACCUGCCACGGAUCACAUUCGAGUUUCGGCCUCACCGCGCGAAUUGGACGGUGCAACGGCGGCAAUUUCCGCUGCGUCUAGCUUAUGCCACCACUUUCAACAGCUGCCAGGGACUCACGCUGGACCGGGUUGUGCUAGAUCUCACCCUGCCCGUCUUCGCCCAUGGCCAACUUUACACUAGCUUAUCCCGCGUCCGCUCUGCCGUAGACAUCCGUAUUCUCCGAGACCCAAAUGACAUAGAGCAAGACACCAUUAAUGUCGUUUAUCACGAAUUGCUACUGCCUCUGUGA